AUUCCGCUCGGUUAAUUGUAAUCCGAAUAUACAAUUUUGACGUCCGUAUUUUAUUUUGACGCUCUUCCGCUAAGGUAGAUAACUCUGUACAUUGACAGACCGCCAUGAUUAUCAUGAGGCUAUGAAAACUUGAGCUUGGCGUUAAAAAUAAGAAGUUGUAUUUAUACGACAGAUAUAACGAUGUACGGUAAUUGGCAGCAGGCUGCUAUAGGCGGGUAUGUUAACCCCCAAAUGCAAAUGCAACAGCAGCAACAUAUGUACCAGUGGUAUUAUCAACAAGGACAAUGGCCCCAACAAAUCAUGCCACAAAUGCCUGCUGGACCAGCGCCACCAAAUCAGCCUCCACAACCCCCACCACCCGACCCUAGUCAAAAUCCCCCGCUUCCUACAGAAGAUGUGGACGCCAAAGAUUCUUCGUCAGGAAGUGGCCUGAAUCCAGCUCCGCCUGUGGAGCCUCCAGUGCCGUCGGAAGAGAAACCCCCUCUCCCUCCAGAUCCUCCACCACCAGCUCCAGACAGUGAUCAAAAGGGCCAAGAGAAGAAGGAUCUGAAGCCAAAGGAUGAUGCAGAAUCCAAUAAAUUGGCUGAGUUGGCGAAGCAGGCUCAGCAGUGGCAGCAGCAGAAACAACAGCAGACACAACAGCAGACACAACAGCAGACUCAGUGGAAUCAAUGGAUGGGACAGCCACAGACUGGGUACCAGGCAGGUUAUCAAGGAGGGUACCAAGGGGGGUACCAGGGUGGUUAUCAUGGGGGAUAUCAGUCAUACUCUGGCCAGUCUGGACAAGCUCCAGUUCCAAAACAGCCAGCACCUCCACAGCAGACACAGCCAUUGCCACCACAGGCACCAGAAGGCGGUGCAGCAGGUCCAGCAGGUCCAGCAGGUGCCCCUUCGUCUGUGGAGCUUGAUGCUGUCCUGGACGAGGAGAAGGAGUUUGAUGUCCAGUACAAGCAGUGGAAGGAGCAGUAUGACACAUGGAAGGAGCAGAAUAAAAAUCAUCCAAACAAGGACCAGUUUCGUCAGUAUGAGCAGCAGUGGCAGCAGUAUGAACAGCAGAUGGAAACCAGGAGAAAAGAUAUCCAGGAUCGGAAGGCAGUCAUUGAAAAACAAACAGGAGCUGAAAAACCAGCACCAAAACACCCUGAAGAACCUAAGCCAAGCUAUCAGCAGUUUUCAGGAUCAUCAAAACAGGGAACCCAAGGCAACCAACAAUUCCCAGGAGAGUCUCAGCAGGGAGCCCAGAGCAACCAGCAGUUCUCAGGAAAAUCUCAACAGGGAGCCCAGAGCAACCAACAAUUCCCAGGAGAGUCUCAACAGGGAGCCCCGAGCAACCAGCAGUUCCCAGGGCAGCAAGGCAUCAGGGGACCUAACAAUUUUCAAGGACCACCAGCAAGAUUUGGCAACCCUAGAUUUGGUGGAUCUCAGAGUCGUUUUCCCAAUCAACAGCCAAUGAAUCAAAGAUUUGGUGGUCUAGGAAGUCGACCCCGGUUUCCAAACCAGGCUCUGAAUCAAGGCUUCCAGGGAAGUCCAGGCACAAAUGCCAAAAGCUUUGAGGACCAGACUGGUAAGGAGGACAACUUAAAUGAAGAUGAUAUGGAGGAAGGUUUUGGUGAUGAGGAGGAAGAGGAACAACAAGGAGGUGAUUAUGGAAGCCAACAAGGUUAUCCUCCAGGUAACCAUGGAAACCAACAGUUCCAACAGGGUAUGAACAGAUUUCCUGGGCCAAGGGGUCCUCGUUUUCAAGGACAACCAAGAUUUCCAAACCAGAACUUCAGAGGACAAAGAGCCCCAGGGCCUUCUGGUUUUCAAGGGAGGCCUCCUUUUCAGGGUGGUAGAGGAAGAGGUGGAGUUGGUCCUAAUCAAGGUCCUGGUUUCCGCUAUCAAGGACCUCGAAUGCAAGGACAAGGACAAGGACAGUUUGGACAGCAUGAAGAAGAACAUGAAGGAGUAGAAGCAGUAGAAGAGGAAAGUGCUGAAGAUUAUGUAGAAGACGAUCCCUCUGUUCAGCAUCAGAAUUUUGGACAAAUGGGUGUACGGCCACAAUUUGGUGGGCCCAGAUUUGGUGGGCCAAGGGGUCGCUUUGAAGGACCAGGUGGACCAAGGUGGGGAGGGCCAAGAGGUCCACCUGUUCAGAGGUUCCAGAGAGGACAAGGGCCAAGAUUUGAACCAAGAGGUCCACAUCAAAAUAGAAUGCGGGGACCAACACCUUUAAUGGAUAUCACCUUUGAAGGACAGGAUAACUCAGAAAUGGAUGCAAUGGGAGAAGCAAAUGAGGAGGAAGAGGAGGAGGAGGAGGGUUAUGAACAGCAAGGAGGACUUGGUCCAGGUGCCCAAAGGGGACAGGGUGGUCCCUUCCAGGGACCAAGAGGACAAAGAGGGGCUUUCAUGAACAGAGGCCGAGGCAUGCGUGGAGGAUUUGGACCUCCUCAUGGACCAGGCUUUGGUGGACCUCCAUAUGGUGGCCGAGGGGAUCAGAUGCAAGAAGAGGAGAUAGAGGAUGAAACUGUUCCGGAGGAGGAGAUGGGCGAGGAGUUCCAAGAGGACUACAGCCAGGGCCAGUAUCCUGGAGGUCAAAGAGGUCGUGGUGGACCUCAGAGAUGGCAGAGAGGUCGGGGUGGACCUCGUGGGGCCAUGGCAGACAGGGGUGGCUUUGGGGGGCCAAUGAACCCACGAGGACCAGGGCCUUAUGGAGGCUCAAGGAUGCCUGGACCUCCUGGUCGUGGUGGCCCAAGAGGUCAGACCCCAGGACAAGGUGGCACUAGGUUUCAAGCACCAGGCCAAGGUGGCCCAAGGGGACAGGCUCCAGGCCUUGGUGGCCCCAGGGGGCAGGCACCAGGACAGGUUGGCCCAAGGGGUCAAGCACCAGGUCAGCGUGGACUCAUGGGUCAUGCCCCGGGUCAAAUUGGCCCAAGAGGUCAAGCACCAGGACAACAGUUUGGUCCUAGAGGUCAAGCACCGGGUCAGAUGGGUGGUCCAAGAGCACCACUUGGAAGAGGUGGACCAAGAGGUCUAGUGCCUGGUAGGGGUGGUCCAAGGGGAACAGCACCAGGUCAAAUGGGAGGUGCUAGAGGUCAGGCACCUGGUCAAAUGGGAGGUCCGAGGGGUCAGGCACCAGGCCAGCAGGGUGGACUUAGAGGAUCAUCUCCAGGUCUUGGUGGAGCACGAGGUCCUUCCCCAGGUGUAGGUGGACCUCGAGGUCCUUCUCCAGGUCUGGGUGGACCUCGAGGACCAUCGCCUCAUGGUUCUCAAGCCUCACCAUCAGAGCAACCAGCAGGACAACCUGACGCGAACAGUCAGGAUAAGCCAUUGUUUCCUUCAGCUGUAAAGAUGGAGGACAAAGAAGAGAAAAAAGAUGGGUCCAGUGAGCAGCAGGCAGAUGAUGACAGCAAGACAGGUCUCGUGUCUUAUCAGGAGGAUGAUGACGAGACGCCCUUAAAACUGGAGGGUCAAGCUGAUAGUAACAACAAAGGCAAUUUUGACGAGAACAUUGACGGAAAUUUUGAUGGGAACUUUGAGGGCCAGUUUGAUGGGAACUUUGAGAGCAAUUUUGAUGGGAACUUUGAGAGCAAUUUUGAUGGGAACUUUGAAGGAGGUGUUGACAGGAACUAUGAAGACCCUUGGAAUUCCCAUGGUCGUGGUGGUCCAAGAGGGCGACCUCCACAUGGUGGGCCAUGGGGUAGAGGUCGUGGAGCAAGAGGAAGGGGGGGAUUUGGUCAAGAUGACCGUGGUCCUUACCCAUCUGAGGACAAUUUUCAAGACAGACACGAAGCUGAUUAUCCUCCUUAUGAUUCCUUCAACCGGGACUAUCCUCCCAGAAUUCCUCCACCACAUCCUGAAGACCCCUAUGCUGCACGAGAUCCGUACUAUGAGCGACGGGCCCCCUACUAUGACCGUCCCGAUGACAGGAGCUAUCCGCCUCCUCCCACACCUCCAGCAGCACAUCCAUAUGAACGAUUCCCCUACAGAGACAGAGACAGGUUUGAUGACUAUUACCGUGAUCCAUAUCGGUCACGAUAUCCUGACAGUCCACAUGAUAGACUCGGAUACCCACCUGACAGAUACCCAGAAGUAAGGGAACGUUACACAUAUCCAGACCGACCUGUGGUACCAGCAGAAACUAUAGACUAUGGACAUAAACAGGUUGGAGAUUCUAAAGAAUUUGAUGCAUUUGCUCGAGGAGAUCGGGGCAGUUCUGAGAGAGAUCGAUAUGAACGAGAUCGAGAUCGAGACAGAGACAGAGAUAGGGAUAGGGAGAGAGAUCGAGAUAGAGAAAGAGAACGAGAACGAGAACGAGAUCGAGAACGAAAUCGAGAAAGAGAUCGUGACCGAGAUCGUGACCGAGUCCGUUUCCGUCCGGAUGAUAAAGAGCACCUCCAUUUCAGAGAUUCCUAUGGACGGUCCCCUCAGGAAGCUAAGCCUGUGUAUCAGCCUAAGAUAGAAACAGCCAAGGUGGAGGACUUGCUGUGCUCCCCGGGACGAAAGUCACGCCCGCCACAGAUCGUCAUCAUUCUCCGAGGAUUGCCUGGCAGCGGGAAGACCUACGUCAGCAAACUCAUCCGAGACAAGGAGCUGGCUAAUGGAGGCAGUGCCCCUCGGAUGUUGUGUCUGGACGACUACUUCAUGGUGGAGGCUGAGAAGAAGGAGAAGGAUGCAGAGACGGGGAAGAUGGUUACAAGGAAGGUGCUGGAGUAUGAGUACGAGGCGGAGAUGGAGAGUGCCUACAGAGACAACCUGCUCAAGUCAUUCAAGAAGACGAUAGACAAUGGCUUCUUCCCCUUCAUUAUUGUCGAUGCUGUCAAUGAGAAAGUCAAGCAUUUUGAAGAAUUCUGGAGUUAUGCCAAAUCUAAGGGAUUCCAGGUGUACAUUGCCAGCGUUCAGGCUGAUGUGAACACCUGUGCCAAGAGGAACACCCACAAGUUUAAGUUGACGGACAUAGAGAAGAUCCAGAAGAAAUGGGAUGAAACGCCCCGACACUUCCUCCAUCUCGACAUCCGCUGGCUGCUACAGGAAGACUCCAUACAGGAGGUGGAGAUGGAGGACCUCCCAGUGGCAGACAGUGCUGAGGACAAGGACAGCAAAUCUGCCGGGAAGAAAGGGAAGUCAGAUAGGAAACAUAACAAUGACGAUGAUGACGAUGUUGACGUGGAGCUUCAUGGCUUCGGUGGGGUCUACCAGAAGUCCAAGUGGGAGAUUGAAGCAUCAGGGGAACAGCUAGACAAACUUGACGGUCUCCGUCUCAACAAGAGGAAGAGGAGUCCAUCUCCCCAGAGUCUUGAUGACUAUCUACAACUGGGCUAUUUUAAUCGUAUGUCUGAACCAGGAAAGAAGAGGGUUCGGUGGGCUGAUGUAGAAGAACGGCAACAUCAGAGUCGAAGACGCGAGAUUGGGUUUAUCGUAGGGCAGACGCAGAGAGACUGGGAGAGAAUCACAGAUGAUGACUUUGCUCACAGAGCACUGAAUCAAACAAAAUAUUUUUAAACUAUUAAAGGGUAAUCUUCCUGGCUGAGCAUGUUGUUGAAUCAGCAGUACCUGAGUGUCCCUUCAGCUGCUCUGGUCAUUCAAAACAUCUGAGACAACACAACAUCAUACGGUCCUGAAAGUACCUUUGGAUGAAUGAUGAAACUGAUUCUGAAAUGAAUGGACACCUGAUGUAGCCCAUAGGGCUCAGUCAACAUAAGAGGUCACAAGGUAAUCUCGGGGUACUUGCAGAGGACUUCAAGCAGCCACAGUGUCAUCAGUAUGGCAGUUAAACUGUGGAUGGGAACAGCCUACAGUUGCCUUCCUGAGAACAGCCACAAGCACUACUGUUAACAAGCUCUUCGUGGUUGUUAGAAUGAGGAAUUUUAAAGACAUUGUACAUGGCAUGGCUGCAUUUUGGAAAAGGUGUUUAUGUCCAUGAGCAGAUCCUUUGGAAGCAGAGCAUAGCUUGCACCCGAUGCAUGGCACCGCAGCUUUACUACCAUGAGCCAUCUCUAUCGGUUUAUAGAAAUACAAAAUAUCUUUGUUCAUUUGGGCAUAGAUGUCAUUUCUGGUUUUAAAAUGAAUAAAGUUUUAAUAUAUGUUUGAAUGAUUGCAUGUUUUGUAAGUAUUGAGAGCAUGAUCUGUUCCACCUUGGAUGUACACAUUGCCUCUGAUGUUCUUGGUACCAUCCAGAAGAGAACAGCCUCGCUUUUGUAUUAAAGCUUGUAGAUUUGUUGUUGUACUGUAGUCUGUUUUUAUGUUGCUGCUGCUGUUUCGUGUGGUCGUUGUUGUGCAGAAAAGAAGAACAAUUUCAUCGUCCCAGCCAGCAGAGGUCAACAAGGUGUGUUAGCCAGGUUUGAUACUACAGUCUUGUGGAGUGGCGGCUUUGUCAACUAAGACAUCGUUUAACACUUCAGAACAAUUUUACUUUCAUUUUAUGGUCGUUUUGUUCAUUAUGUGCUGUAAAAGCUUCUUAAUGAAGGAUAUGUUUGUUUUGUGGACGGUUCUACUAUUCUUUAAACUUUAAGAUGUGUCAUGAUUUUAUUAUGACUUCUUUGUGCAAAUUGCCUGGACUUGUAAAUACUGCAUGUAAUUUAAAUGUCUGGUGUUGUUACACAAACACUGGUGCCACUGAGGGAAUAUCAGUAUUUGAUAUAUGAAACCCCAUUAUUGCUGUACAUGUAUGUUUUAAGUAAUAACAUUCAAAUCCUGUCUUGCACGUGCGUCUGUUUUAACAUUUCAUUACUGUUUUAAUGUAAGAUCAAAAUUUAAUGAAUUUUACCUUCACAAGAUGAAUAACAAGCUUGUCUUACCAGCUUCAUGCAGAACAUCAUCAACAGGAAGUUCCAAGUUCAGAAGGGCACUAUUUGUGAUGCCAUUUUCCCUGUCCCUGACUGUGAUAUUGCUGGAAGCGGCUUAAAACGUAUUUAUUCAUGCAGUACAUGAUAUUUGAAUAAAACAAAUUUCAUUAUGUUAGAGUAAAAGUGCUCAAAUAUAGUACUGUGUAUCAGUGUUUUUGAAGUACAGUAUUUUCCAAGCAAACAUGUAUGUAUAUAUAUUGACGAUUGGUGCAGCUGUUGGAGAAGGUAGGAUCGGUGGAUCAUCCUGUAGUGAUUACAUUAGCUAGAAAUAUCGAAAUGUAAGCAUAAGGAGUUCGUUAAAGCUUGUUGUUUUAUACCUGUGUCAUUUUCAUGUUUGUCAUGUAAAUUCGCUGCCAAAUUGCAGUCAUUCGUCUGGUCAAUAAACAUGCACUGAAA